GGACGACGAGAAAUCACGAGAUGUAGUACUGGACUGCAUGAAAACGGUUUAUGUUCACGAUUGAAAAUAGUAUUUGUUCUUUUGAGCCACUUGGCACAGCACUGACGCUAAUGCAGUACGCCAACAAUGGACAAAUUUGUUGUGAGACUACCAAAAAAUCAGCCCAAAAAGCAGACGACAACCCAUGGGAAAGUGUACAGACAAGCCACAAUAGAGUCUUUGAGGAGAGUUGUCGUGAUUGAGGACAUUGAACGUUUUAAGUCCACGCUGGAGCUGCCAGGACAAACGAAGGAGAACAUGCUGUUGGCCUUGACCGAACUAAACAAGAAAGUGCCAUCCAAGGAAGUACUCAGAUCUACCAAGAUCGGUCACACCGUGAACAAGAUGCGCAAGCAUUCAGAUCCUGAAGUGAGCGCACUGGCGCGAGAAGUCUAUAGCCUUUGGAAGACCUUCAUUGAGGAGAAUGCAAACAAGCCCUCCAUCGAGGUGCGAUGUGACACGCAGACGGAGGGACUGAGGAACAAUGCGAGAAAACUCCUGGCAGAAGCCAUGGAGCUAGAGGUAGACCAUGCCCUGAUUGAGAACAUCGAGAGAGAGGUGUUCCACAAAAGCUCGCGUCUCAUCAGCGGUGCUUACCGACGGACUGUGAGGGCACUUGUUUUUGCCUUGAAACACAAGCCAGAAAUCCGUGCGCAAGUCAAGGACAGCAAGCUUCCAGUCAACCAACUGGUUGCCACCUACAAAAAAUAACUGUGGUGCCAAAGCGUCAGAGAAUAGAUUGUUGGAAAAACUGGGGAUUGAAGCUGGUCUUCAAAUGUGCGAUGGAGGUUUUUUAAGAAUUCAGAAUGGCCUUUGAGGACAUUUUAAAGUAGUUUUUAAAAUAAUAUUUCUUCUAUGUUGUAAUUGUUAUUUUCUUAAUUAUACAAUAAAUAUU